ACAAACAUGGCCCCUUCCUUUCUUCAUACCUUUGACGUCUUUCCUUAGGCAUUCAUCAUCAAUCUUUAACGAAACACUUUCAUGUUUGUGAAUUUUGUUGCCAUGGAAUUACUUUACAAGAUCCAGAUAGUUCCUAAGACCCACUUUUAAUAUAUUAACCAAUGAUACAAAGGAAAUUUUUAAAGAAAAAUUAGUUUGCUUCAACCUCCCUGUCAACCUCUUUCGUCCCUUGGUUACGCAAAAUGCUUCGUUUGCCAAUACAAAGACAUAAAGAACGACUUAAAGCAUUCAGUGGUUGUUCAGAGAUUACAAGACGUGUAGUUUUGCUAUGAGCACCGUCAAUAUAUCCGUUCAAAACUCUGUUACACAAUCAUGUUGGGAUGAUGAUAUUCUACUAACUAAUUCAGAAUCUCAGUCUAAAGGUCUUUUUACUACAUUACUGCAUGCCACAGCUGUUAAUGGCAAURAAAGUCUGCUACAGAAACUACUCCAAGAAGUUGCUGGAAGAAAUGAUGAAAUAAACAAAGGGGAUCAGUUCGGCAGAACUCCUUUGGUGUAUAGUGUGUUAGGUGAUCGCUUGGAUUGUGCUGAGCUUCUCAUCAAGUAUGGAGCCAGUGUUUGGAUGAGUGAUGUUGAUGGACRUACACCUUUACACUGGGCAGCGUAUCAGGGAAACCACAAAUGUGUCAAGCUACUUUUGUCCAAAGGAGCUGACUGGAAAGCCAAGGACACCAAAGGAAGAACACCUCUUCACUUUGCUGCCAGUCCACACUCAGCCAAGUGUUUGUCUGUGCUACUGAAGAAAGCGCCUAAAGGAGAAGUAGAUGACCCAGAUAAUGACUCCAUGACUGCCUUACACUGGGGAGCUUCGUAUGGCAAUAAUGAACAUGUCAAGAUGCUUUUGAAGGCUAAGGCUUCUGUCAAGUUAUUGGAUGUUGAAAAAAAGACACCACUGCAUUGGGGAGCAACAAACCCAAACCCUGGCGUCGUCAAACUUGUCUUGGAGCAGUCAAAUGAGAUCAUCAACUGGCAAGAUAUAGAGGGGAGAACGGCCCUGCAUCAUGCUGUAGCUCAGCAGAAUGAAGCUGUAGUGAAACCUCUGUUGUCAGUAGGCAAAUGUAAUGUGUCUGUGCAAGACAACAUGUAUCGUACUCCCUUACACUGGGCUGCUGUUCUAGGUAACUUCCGGAUAGUAAAACUUCUGCUUCGAAAAAAUGCCGACCACAGUGUGUCUGAUGGUAAUGGCGCCACAGCUCUGCACUACGCAGCUCAGGGUGACUACUUUAAGACGGUAGAUGUGUUUUUGUCUUUUCGUGGAGUCAAAGACAUUGCUGAUAACGAAGGCAGGACAGCCUUGAUGUGGGCUGCCAGGAAAGGAGCAAGUAUGGCAUUAGAGACAAUGCUUCGACAUCAUCUUGACGUCCAUGCGACAGAUAAUUCAGGUCGAACUGCUCUUCACGUUGCAGCUUAUUCAGGGGACAUCAAAUGUGUCGAGAUAUUACUAAACCAUGGCGCUGGUGUGAACGCGCUGGAUCAGAUGAACCACACCCCUUUGUUCAGAGCUUGUGAAAUGGGAUACUUUGAGGUGGUUAACGUUCUCAUGAAAAAUAAAGCGACUCUUGUCCUAGAAGACCAAGAUGGCCGUUCACCUCUGCACUGGGCCGCUCUUAAUGGGCAUGCUCACAUAUGCUUUACAUUGAUUCAGAAUGGAGUGUCAGCCAACAAGAGAGACAGACUUGGGUGUACGCCUUUACAUUGUGCAGCUUAUGGUGGUUUUGUCAACUGCAUGUCUGUUCUAAUCGAUGGUGGUGCCGAUGUGAAUAAACUAGAUCAUGAGGGUAUUUCACCACUACACUGGUCGUGCUCUUCUGGUCAUCUAGAGGCUGUCAAACUCUUACUCAGAAAUAGAGCUUUUCCAAACUUUAUGAAGAAAGACGCAGAAAGGCUCACACCCCUGGAUUUUGCGAUAUUUGGAGACCACCAAGACGUUGCUCAGUACAUGAUUGAACAAGGUGGCCUUACCAUCACAGCUAUCCAAGAUUUAGCUGCAACAACYAUCCAAUCAUGCUGGAGAGGCUACCGAAUACGCACACCUUUCCAAAACCGUAAAGACUUAUACAUGCGACACGAGCAGCUGAAAAGAGACAUGUUGAUGAAGAGACGGGGUAGUUGUUCUGUAAGGGACGRUGAAAUGCGAGGUAGGAUAUCUUUGAUAAACAGCCCUGGAUACCUUGUUUCAGAUUUGACCAAAAACGAGCAACAACAAGAGCUUCAACAACAGCUGAGCUCCCAAGAUUCAUUCCCAAAUCACCAAGACGAACUUCACCACAGAAAUAGUAUGGACCUGGUAUUUGAAGACGAUAGUUAUUACCUUACAUCGCUUGCCAGUCAGAGAUACUCUUUCUCAGAUUUCCAAGGGGAUGCGGGAGAUGUGAAUCAGUUGUCGACGAUACUCGAGUCUUCUCACCCACAGAACAGCAUUGAACUGAAUAAAAUGAAUGUGCCCAGCACAACUAACAAGGAAUCGAAUGAAGAUACCGGAGAUGUUCGCGUUAACGAGAAUAGGGAUACAAAAAACCUUGAUGAUGUAAAGGGAACUAGCAGUGAUUCGCCAGAAUCUGGUGAAGAAUAUGAUCAGUCUGUUGACUAUCAUAAAAACGAAUUAAACAUUGGUUCGAGAGUAAAAACUGAUGUGGAAGAUAAAAACCAUGUACUUGAUACCACGGCACAGUCAUUGAGCACUGACUACCGCGACUCCAGUAAUACGGAGAAGAAAGAACAGAACAGUACAAAGCAUAAUUCGAAUUUAAAAUCAAACCCUGUUAUGAUACAAGAAGCAGUCAUUCCUAAAAAGCAAUUAAAUAAAAGCCCUGGGAUUGCAAAUGACCACAAUAUUGGUAAUGGAGCGAAAUUAAUCAACAUUCAGUCGAAAUCCGAGCUGGCUCGAAGAGACCGCGAAAGGCGUAAACUUAUACGAGCCAAAAUGGAAGCAGCCUCUGUGAUUCAAAGAUGGUACAGGCGUUGCCGAGAUAGAAAACGUGAAGAAGACCCUGAAAAAGUUAAGGGACUAGAAGAGGUUCUGAAUGAUCAGAAUGAGUUAGUCAAACAGCUUGCAGCCUUGACUAUCCAGUUAGGAUGGAGAAAGUACUUACGACAAAAAUACCAGGGUCCCAAUACCGAGCGUGGGGAACGCCAGGUAAACAAACUUGUUUAUUCUGGUAGUCUUCGGUCCAACGACUCGACAAAUACUAACACGUCAACAAUCAGAACAUCCAAGUAUAGAAAUAAGAAGUCAGAAGUAAGGCGUCCUACUGUAGUUGCUUCUGCAAAUAGGCRCUCACGGAUGGAUUCUAGGUCGCAGUUUAGUUAUGGCGCCGCGGGAAGGCUGCGUAAACCUGCGCUGUUUUCUCCGAGUGCAGCGUCUUAUAACCUUGCACUUGACAUGGAAAACCCUAUUGUUGCGAAGAGAGGGGAUACUCGUACCUCUACUCCACGUAGAGGUGCAAAUAACAAGAUAAGACCGAGUACAAGUCGUASGGCUACUUCUGCGUGGUCACAUGUAGAAGGAAUACAAGGAAGAAAGACGCAAAGGUAGAAAACCUCUUGCAACCUGGAAGAUCGUUUGAGGAUAUCCUAAUAACAAGAUAAGACCGAGUACAAGUCGUACGGCUACUUCUGCGUGGUCACAUGUAGAAGGAAUACAAGGAAGAAAGACGCAAAAGUUAAAAACCUCUCGCAACCUGGAAGAUCAUUUGAGGAUAUCCUAAUAACAAGCAAGACCGAGUUGCGUGGACCCCCGGGGAUAAUAAGGGAGACUGCUGUUAAAGGUAGAAAACUUUUACACCUAUUGCAACCUUUAAAGUCUGAUAAAACUAUUUUAAUUUCAGCAGAAGACCAAACAAAAUCGUAAAAAUGAAAAUGUAAAAA